GAUCAAAUUACUAAAAAUCAAGUUCAUUAUAAAUUAAUUGAAGUAGCAAAUGAUAUAGAAUUUGCUGAAGAUAGUUAUGAAUCUGUUAUAAUAAACUUAAAUUCAUUAAUUAAAUGUAUUGAUCUAUCUAUUAUUCAGGAGUAUAAUGGUACAAAGAAACAAUGUUUAGACUCUCAAGAUGAAAUUGCAAUUACUAUUACUAGUAAAAAGGAUAGUAGUAAACCCAUAUAUAAGCAUCCAAUUAAAAUGAAUUACAGCUUCCUUAAUAAGAUUCAGCAUACACAAGCAAUCUUAGAAACUAUUAAACAGAAUCUAACUUAUAGAGCAAAAUAUAACCAAAACUUAGCUUUGCAAAAAAAGCUGUUGAAUAUACCUAAAAAACAUAUCAAAAGUAUAUUUGAAAACUUUAUUUAUAAAUAUCAGAGCAAAAGUAAAACUUAUACUGCUACUAAAAAUUUGCAAAAUUCAAAUUAUAG